UGCUUUGUUCCAGCAGUUGCACAACGUUGCAGUCACUGAAGUAGUUCUCCAUUUCCCCGCUAGAAGCGAAGCAACCAGUUUCCCGGCCAUUCUUUCUCCUCCAUUUUCAAUUUCUACUCAGAUACAGUUCUCAAAGAACGUUGCGGUUUCAUUUGAAAAGUCAUAGCAUGGCAAUCUUUUACCAUUUCAGAGUUUUGACGGAUGUCUAAGGACCUUAUCAAGUUUCAGCUUUACGGGCACUCUCUUGAGGUUUGAUUCUUUUUGGGUAAAAUUCUUCAUUUCGAUCGACAACCUCAACAGGGUAGGUGAAGGGGAGGAGCCUGAGCUUGAGACAGGCGUCCCAUUUGAUAUGCUGACAGUAGUGAAUAUCAAGUGACAUCUGGCACUCUUCAAACAUGUCAUGGUCAAGGGUUUGUAAAAGAGCCCUUCCCCUCUCCCCUUACUUCAAGAACCCACAGCAUAUCACAUGUGAAUCCAGACACGUUGCUUGCUUACAAAAUGUGCAUACCCAGUUAUAAUUUCAUUGGAGGUUGUAGUACUAGUAGUAGUGCAUAUCAGAGGCAUUUUAGCCAUGGUAGUCCUAUUUGGCGCUUCAAGCUAGGCUCAUUUGACAAUUGCGGUCAGCUUCCUCCAUUUGCUUCUCAAUCUUUGUUGAGAAUCCAGCGGCCCUAUUCUGCUCAGGCUACCACACAACAGAAAUCACGCAAGAUGCUGUUGUACCUUACGGGUUUGGUGUUUGCAAUGGCGGCAAGCAGUUAUGCAGCUGUUCCUUUCUACAGAAGAUUCUGCCAAGCUACUGGAUAUGGAGGCACUGUCCAACCUCGUGAGAGUUUUGAGCAGAAGAUUGCUCGGCAUGGUAAGGAUGGCACGGUCACUACAAGGGAGAUUGUGGUUCAGUUCAAUGCUGAUGUGGCUGAUGGAAUGCAAUGGAAGUUUAUUCCUACACAAAGAGAGGUUUUUCUCAUACAAUAUGUUUAUUUAUUGGGUCAAUUUCAGUUUAGUACUCUGAACUUUCACCCAAAUGGCAUGUGACCACUCCAACCCCAACACUACCUUAAACCACAACCCAUAUAACCGUCAGCCAAAUUCAAACCCCAACCCCUCUGUCUGGAUGAUUCCUUGAUUUGGUUGAAUAAAAAAAUUUGAAACGUUCAUCCUCAACUGAUCCCAAAUUCCCUAAGCCAAAACAAAAGGCUUAUCCCAAAUUUUCUUCGUGGUAGUGGAUCAUGAAAACACCACCAUCCCCAUUUUUUUCAAUAAAAACAAGAGUGAGAUCCAUAUUUUCUGAUCCAGUCGAUGGUGUGCGGGAGGCCAAAUCUUCUUAUUGUGGCAGAAGGAGGGGGGGGGUCAGUGCUAAGAAGAUGGGAGUGGGGGGGCAGGAUGGGGGUGAGGGGGUUGGAGUGGUGGUGGUUGUAGUCCAAGGGUAGAAUUAGGGGAGGAGGAGAACCAUUCGAGUAAACAUUCAGGGUACUAAACUGAAAUUGAUCAUUAUUUAUUCGUAAUGUGCAUUAUUGUUCUUGCUACAAUUUUGAUGCUUUACUUAACAUUCUUGCCGUCGUUAUGUUAACUCGCAAUUGUACGGGCCAAUUAGUAGUAUAUCAAGACAAGUAUGAGGUCAUACCCACAAGGACAGAGAAGU